UGGAAGAACAGCAACCUUAGUAGCUUUCAUGUCCUCCUCAACUUCCUCAAUCAUUAAAACCGUAACCUCUCUCUCUAUAUACAUACAUUUCUAACCAUUAUCAAAACAUCUUCCUCAUUCACCGAUCCGAAAAACCCCAAAUAGAAAAAAUGAGGACCAAACCUCCAUCUUCCGUUAAUCUCAAAGUCAUAUUCAUAGGCUGCUCAAUCUUGAUCUUUCUCAUCAUCUUCUUUGCAAGAUCAAACAUCUCCUCUUCAAAGCCAAUCUCCAAAACAAAUCUCUCCCAAGAAGAAGAACCAACUCAUCACCAUAAACCAGAAGCAUGUCUAACAACAUCACAACAAUGCACAAAGAUGCCACUUUCUUUAUCCGACGCAUUGGUUCACUACGUCACCAGUAACGUCACUCCACAGCAAACAUUCGAUGAAGUCUCUGUCUCAAAGAGAGUCUUGGACAAGAAGUCUCCUUGUAACUUCCUCGUCUUUGGCUUAGGUCACGACAGCUUAAUGUGGGCAUCUCUCAACCAUGGUGGUCGUACCUUGUUUAUUGAGGAAGACAAGGCUUGGAUUGCUAUAGUAACCAAGAAGUUCCCAAACUUGGAAUCUUACCACGUAGUUUACGACACAAAAGUCAAAGAUUCAGACAAACUCAUGGAGCUAGGAAGAUCAGAAGAGUUUUACGAUACGAAAUGGGAUCUGAUCAUGGUCGACGCUCCAACUGGUUACCAUGAAGAAGCUCCGGGGAGGAUGAGUGCUAUUUACACGGCGGGGCUUUUGGCUCGUAACCGUGAAGAUGGUGAAACUGAUGUUUUUGUUCACGACGUUAACCGUCCCGUGGAAGAUGAGUUCUCGGCGACUUUCUUGUGUAAAGGUUACAUGAGGGAGCAAAAUGGGAGGCUUAGACAUUUUACUAUUCCUAGCCAUCGGGCUCGAGCUGGACGACCUUUUUGUCCGGUGGAUGUUGAUCGCCGCCGUUAAUUUUGUGCCGAGAGAUUUAUGCAGUUCAGCGUCGUUGGUCGGUCAACGGACUCAGGGCUGGUAAAUUGAUUUACCUAGUGGUCUUUCUUUGAGGGACUUGCUUAGUUGGCAAUUUAUUAAUUUUUGGUUGUGUUUUUGCUUGAUUUGAAUACGGUUUUCAAGAUUGUAGUGCAUUUACUGAAAUCGGUAUAUUAAAAGACUAGUACUAUUCGCAUAAUUAUUUGUGGUUUCAUUAUUGUGAUUAAUGAAUACAAAUAAGGAAUUAUCCGGAAUGGUCAUUGAUCA